UGCAUUACCAACAACAUUAGUAGAGAAAGUAAAUAAGUUUGUCCAUUUCAUUCUUGUUUGUUUGGGCUUUUUUUUUACGAAACCUUUCUAUCUAUUUUACAAGAAACAAUUUCCAAGCAGAACGAGCUGAAAGCGACUUUUUUAGAGCAAGUUUUACGUAAAGUAGUUUUCUCUGUUGGUUUCUCGCAUUUUUUUUCACUAGAUUUCGACAAAAAAGGCAAUAGAAGCUUUUGUAUCUGAAACGUGCUGCAAUAAAGGCAUACUCCUUUUCAUUUUCAAGUUCAAUCUUUUCUUUGUCAUUUCUCCAUAAUGGAAUCCUUACAACGCUUGUUACAAGGAGCACGCAUGGGUGCUGGUGUCAUGGGUGAUCAGCCUCUUGUUGAUAAUUCGGAAUGCGUUUAUAUCUCUUCUCUGGCGCUUUUGAAGAUGCUUCGUCAUGGUCGCCAUGGUACUCCUAUGGAGGUUAUGGGUUUGAUGUUGGGCGAAUUUGUGGACGAUUUUACUGUCCGUGUCGUUGAUGUCUUUGCCAUGCCUCAGUCUGGUACUGGUGUCAGUGUAGAAGCUGUGGACCCUGUUUUUCAAAAGAACAUGAUGGACAUGCUUAAGCAAACCGGACGACCCGAAAUGGUUGUUGGUUGGUAUCACUCUCAUCCUGGCUUUGGUUGCUGGCUUUCUAGCGUAGAUAUCAACACUCAGCAAUCUUUUGAACAACUAACUCCUCGCGCUGUCGCUGUAGUCGUGGAUCCCAUUCAGUCUGUCAAAGGUAAAGUUGUCAUUGAUGCUUUCCGCUUGAUUAAUCCUUCUACUUUAAUGAUGGGCCAAGAGCCUAGACAAACGACUUCCAACUUGGGUCACGUCAAUAAACCUAGCAUCCAAGCUCUCAUCCAUGGUCUGGGAAGACAUUAUUACUCACUUCGCAUCAACUAUAAAAAGACUGAAUUAGAAGAACUUAUGCUUCUAAAUCUUCAUAAACAACCUUGGGCUCAUGGCCUCUUGUUGGACAACUUUGAUACUGCUGCCAACAAAAACCAAGCUACUAUGGAACGCAUGAAAUCCCUUUCUGAACAAUAUACAGAGCGCGUGCAAAAUGAAAUUACCUUGACUCCAGAACAACUCCGCAUCCAAUAUGUCGGUAAGCAAGACCCCAAAAAGCACCUGGAUGCCGAAGUCUCCCAGUGCAUCGAUAAUAACAUUUCUUCCAUGUUGGCUGGCAUGUUAGAUUCUGUUGUAUUUUAAUGGUUAUUCUUUUUAUGUCAAAAAAUCGAUUUUCGUGUUUUUAUGAGUUGCUCUUUUCAUUUGAUAUUGAACCACGAUUUCGUAGCUAUUUCAUAAGCUAUAAGCAUGAUGGUCAUGAAACAAGAAUCCUAUUUAACGUUUUGUUCUAUGAAGGACGUGAAUGUUCUGUUUAAAAAAAAAAACGACCUUAUUGACUGACUACCACCUACUGUUGAUUUUAGAGACGAAUUCCCAAAGUACUUUCUGUGUCCUAAAUUCUCUUCAAGAUACUUUUAGUGUCUCUAUAAUUAUGUUAGAUAAAUUAGAAAAUACGAAAUAAAUCUUUCUUAUAUCAUUUUGCUAUUCAAUUUCUUUUUCCCAUGCUUCACUUUUUUCCCUACGCUUUUUCAUUUACGCAUUCAUUCUAGCCUUGGUAUU